CGUUAUUAAGAGGAGAGAAAAUUUUAAGGCAAUUUUUUUACUUUUUAAAGAAAACUUUCUAGUACUACUAGUAUUUGUUCACAUUUUUUACGCAUUCUUCUCUUCACGCGUGAAGUUGAAAAAGAAAAACAAGUUUUACCAAAACGAGAAAAAAGAAUUUGCUUUUCUUCAGAGAUCACGGAGUGCGUUCAAACGAAACCCUAGGAAUGCACGAGUGUCCCAUUUCCUUGCUCAACGCACUCUCUCUAUCUCUCUCUCUUCCGGCGAAAUCUGACCGUCGAUCGUCUCGAUUAGCUUUGCGGAUCGUCAAAACGGAAUUGGAGGAAUCACUUAUUCAGCUCCAAGAGGAAGGUUCUUUUGUUUGAUUAUUUAUGGCAAGACUUCUCCUGAAUUUGGAUGUGACAGAGAUCAGAAUUACGGUUACUUUCUGAGGCGUUGUACAAGGUUAUUAUGAGUUGAUAAAGUAUAUAAAAGGUGGAUUCCAUAAGCUUCAAGAACUGGGAUUUGUACAGAAUUUUUUUUUUUGCCGUACAAAAUUUGGUAGAUCUUUUGGGGCAAGAUGGAUGGCAUAGACGAGAGCCAGGCCCGUAUGCGCAUGACGGACGAGCAUCAGGCUAUCCACCACCCUGGACAUUACAUACAAGAACACGAUCAUCAUGUGUUGCACCACUUGAGCAAUGGGAAUGGGAUGGAGCAUGAUGAUAAUGGUGGGGGAAGUGAAGAUAUGGAAGGUGAAAUUCAUCCUGAUCAUGGGAAUCUCACUGAUAAUCAUAAUGCGAUGGUGGCUCAUGGCGGCAGUGAUAGUAACAACCAGCUUACUCUCUCUUUCCAGGGCCAGGUUUAUGUGUUUGACUCCGUCUCGCCUGAAAAGGUUCAAGCAGUACUUCUAUUAUUGGGAGGCCGUGAAGUACCUCCAAACAUACCUGCUAUUCCAUUGAGCGGUCAUCAAAAUACUAGGGGAAUGUCCAGUACUCCACAAAUUUCUAGCGUCCCUCAGAGGUUGGCUUCAUUGAUGAGAUUCCGUGAGAAGCGAAAAGAAAGGAACUUUGACAAGAAAAUCCGUUAUACAGUCCGUAAGGAGGUUGCCCUAAGGAUGCAGAGGAAUAAAGGUCAAUUUACAUCUUCAAAACCCAAUCAUGAUGAGUCUGCAUCAGCAGUUACAAGUUGGGACUCAAACCAAACCUGGGCCUCAGACGGUAGUGGGUCCCAGCAGCAAGAUAUUGUCUGUCGGCAUUGUGGUGUCAGCGAGAAGAGUACACCAAUGAUGCGUCGUGGGCCUGAGGGACCAAGGACCCUUUGCAAUGCAUGUGGACUUAUGUGGGCAAAUAAGGGAACUCUGAGGGACCUCUCUAAGGCAGCACCCCAGUCUGGACAGAAUCCUUCAUUGAGCCAGAAUGAGAAUGGAAAUAUUGAACCAGAUCAAAUGGUUGUUAAGAUUGCUGGAAAUAGUAGCGAUUCAUCAUGAUAAUCUGAAAAGGCUGCAUAGGGAGGAUCUGAAAGGCUGAAGACAGCUCGGCGUUGCUCAUUCGCCCCCUUUCUAGAUACGUUAUGUAUGAUGAUUGCUAGCUUCGCAAUGUCAUGAAAAUUCACCUGAUAUGAGAUCCCUGAAACUGAAAUAAUUCGGGUGUGGUAACUACUUGCCUUGGAGAGAUUGUAUGUUAGCGCAGUCCAUCUUUUGUAUUUUAUUUUUUUGCUUAAUUUGUGGAGAAGUUAACAAUAUGUAAAACUAGCAUGGUGGUUUUAUAUCAUCUGUGGAUAAGAUAGAUGCUAGAAAAAUCUUUUGUGUGAGCAACUGCUGGUGCAAUAGGCAUACCUUUAAGUUUCUGCUUGUUCAUUGAAACAAUGCAUCCUUCCUUGCCUCUC